AUGCUCUACGGGGAUUCGUCUGUAGCUUUCCUAGCCGCAGUUCGUCUAGCUAGCAGCUCGUCUGCAUUUCGCCUAGCUAACAGCUCGUCUGCAGCCUUUCUAGCUCCCAGUUCGUCUGUAGCUUUCCUAGCCGCAGUUCGUCUAGCUAGCAGCUCGUCUGCACUUCGCCUAGCUAACAGCUCGUCUGCAGCUUUCCUGGCUCCCUCUAACAGCUCGCCGGCAGCCUUCCUAGCUUGCUAUUGCCCGCCUAACAGCUCGUCAACAGCUUGGAGUUCUUCAACAAGUCGCCUAGCAGCUUUCCUAGCUCAACUUCUCAUCGCAACUUAUGUUUUUUUUAGCUCAUCUGCCCGGCUAUCUCGCAGAUCGCAAGACAAACCAUCUAGCAACCUAUAUCCUAGAUCGCUCGUCAGAUCAUCUGAUAGCUUGCCUUGCAGCUUGUUAGCAAGAUCAUUUGGUAACCUAUCUCACUGCUCGGCUCAUCAGUCAGGUCAUUUCUCUGCUAGGCAUUCAGAUCAUCUAGGAGAGCAUCCCACAGCUCCUCAACAACUCAUGAGGUCCAUCAGACUACCUAACUCACAAGCUUAGCCUUGUUUUAUAUCGUCGACGCGU